AUGGCUCGUGGUAUUUCUUUCGCUCUCUGGGCGCUCUCCCUCGGCCAGAGUGCCUUUGCUGCCCCCAAUGUCUCUCCUCGCGCCGGAGUUGGUUCUCUGGACUCUUGGUUGUCCGCUGAGACCACCUACUCUCUCAACAGCAUUCUCACCAACACCGGAUCCAACGGUGCCUAUGCGAAGAGCGCGAAGCCUGGUAUCAUCAUUGCCAGUCCCAGUCUGGAGGGUCCUAAUUACUACUACACCUGGACUCGCGAUGCCGCUCUGACCAUGAGAGUGUUGAUCGAGGAGUUCCGCAACGGAAAAAUCGAGCUUCAGAAUGUGCUGAAGGACUAUAUAAACUCGCAGGCUUUCCUCCAGACCGUGGACAACCGCUCUGGUGGUCUCGCCAGCGGUGGUCUGGCCGAGCCCAAGUACAAUGUGGACAUGACCGCCUUCACUGGUGACUGGGGUCGUCCUCAGCGUGAUGGCCCAGCUCUGCGUGCCACCGCCAUGAUUGACUUCGGCAACUGGCUGAUUGACAAUGGCUAUGCCAGCUACGCCAAGGACAACAUCUGGCCCAUCGUCCGCAACGAUCUGUCGUAUGUGGCCCAGUACUGGCCCCAGAGCGGCUUUGACCUCUGGGAAGAAAUCAACAGCAUGUCCUUUUUCACGAUCGCUGCCUCGCACCGUUCCCUCGUCGAGGGAAGCGCCUUUGCCAAGCGCGUUGGCGCCUCGUGCUCCUGGUGUGACUCCCAGGCCCCCCAGGUUCUCUGCUACCAGCAGAGCUUCUGGACCGGCUCCUACAUGAAGGCCAACACUGGCGGUGGCCGCUCCGGCAAGGACGCCAACACCGUCCUGGCCAGUAUCCACCUGUUCGACCCCGAGGCUGGCUGCGACGAUGCCACCUUCCAGCCCUGCUCUCCCCGCGCUCUCUCCAACAUCAAGGUCUUUGUCGAUUCUUUCCGCGGCAGUCUCUACCCCGUCAACAACGGUAUUCCCCAGGGCAAGGCCGUUGCCAUUGGCCGUUACCCCGAGGAUGUCUACUACAGCGGAAACCCCUGGUUCCUGACCACCCUGGCCGUCGCCGAGCAGCUGUAUGACGCCAUCUACCAGUGGAAGAAGAGCGGCGCCAUCACCAUCACCAGUACUUCGCUGCCUUUCUUCCAGGAACUGUACAGCGCUGCUUCCACCCGCACCUAUGCCUCCUCGGACCCGGCCUUCAACGCGAUCAUCGACUCGGUCAAGACUUACGCCGACGGCUACGUCAGCAUUGUGCAAUCCCACUCCGCCAACAACGGCUCCCUCUCCGAGCAGUUCGACAAGACCUACGGCAUGUCCACCUCCGCCCGCGACCUGACCUGGUCGUACGCCGCUCUCCUGACUGCCAACGCCCGCCGCGCCGGUGUCGUCCCCCCGUCCUGGGCCGCAGCCCAGAACAACCAGAUCCCCGGCUCGUGCUCCAACAGCGGCGCCACCGGCACCUACCAGCCCGCCCCGAUUAACAGCUGGCCCGUCCUGAGCAGCGGCACCCCCGGCACCCCCGGCACCACCACCACCGCCGCGACUGUUGGCACCUCCACCACCACCACCGCGCCCACCAGCACCACCACCGGCCCCGGCCAGUGCACCGUCCCCACCGCCGUGUCCGUGACCUUCGACGAGCUCGCGGCCACCGCCUACGGCGAGACCAUUCUCAUCGUCGGCUCCAUCCCGGAGCUGGGCAGCUGGGACGCCACCAAGGCCGUCGCCCUCAGCGCCACCAAAUACAGUGCCAGCAACCCCCUGUGGUUCGUGACCAUCGACCUGCCCGCCGGCAAGAGCUUCGAGUACAAGUACAUCCGCAAGCAGACCAACGGCAACGUCAAGUGGGAGAGCAACCCCAACCGCUCCUACAAGGUGCCUGCCACCUGCAACACCUUGACUGACGUCAAGAACGAUACCUGGCGGUAA